AUGGCGACUUCACUGCUUCCCUCGGGGAGCAUUGCCCUCUUCGGCGCCCCGGACAGCGACAUCGGCUCGAGGGUAGCCAAAACAACGCCCAUCCAGGCAAUGCAAGUGGACAUGACCCAGGAUAUUGUCGACGAGCUCCUCGAGAGCGUGCGGACCGGGAAACCUCCGCACAUCCUCUUCGGACGCACACCUCAACUCAAGUACGGCGACAAGACCUUUACUCUACAGAGCACCUCCGAGACCACCAGAAACGAAUUGUACCACUCCAGCGGGACUGGUAGCGACGACAACCUCGAGUUCGCCAGCUUGAUCAAGCACAGCCUCGUGCUGCACAAGGCAGAGAAUGUGACUGCCGGUGUCGAUUCGGCGUUGGAACAGCUGAAGAACAGCAUGGCAGCUGUGAAAGAGAUGAAGGAAGCCAACAAGACCGUUGUCGGCGAUAUGCGCAAUGCAGGACACCGCCGCGUUCCUUCCAAAGGCUUCGUGCCGAGCCACCUCGCUCCUUCCGGCACCGGGUCGCCGCUGCUCAGCGUGCCUUCCUCACCCAUGACCAAGAGGCCACCCACCUCGCAACCUGGCGGCGCCAAUCAGGCCGUUCUUGCUGCUCUUCGUGUCCCCAUAAUCCAUCUGCUUGCUAUGCAGCCCGCCAAAGAGUCCUACUUGGCCCAGACAUGUCGGACAUCAGUAGCAAACGUUCGAGACCUGCUGCCCAAGAUCGCCAAACACACAGCAGACGACGGAGAAAAGUGGCAGCUGACUGACAAGUCUUUUCGUGAGAUCGAUCCCUACAAGUUCCCCUACAAGAGCCAGGAAGACCGAGAGCAGGCCAUCAACAGCGCUAUCAAGUCAUUUGAUCGUUUGCGUUUGUCCAAGGAGGACAAGCUUUGGCAGAUUCUCCUGCCACGUGACGAGCGAGGCCAAGGCAAGUGCCUCUCACGCCUCAGCGUAAAGGCGCCUGAGAAGCCACAGAAGGCUUCUACGCCCCUCCAUAAGAUGUCUAAGUUGAAUGAGAAGAAGCCCGCUGCGAAGAAAGCUGGGGAGAAGGAGGUGGAGAGAAAGGUGAAGGAUCCUGAAGCGAAGCCAAAGAAGACAGUGAAGGAGAGAGUUAUGAAGCCGUUGAGGGAACCUGCGCCAGCAAAGAGUUCACCGCUGCCCGCGAAGAACUCGCCUGCACCGGCUGCAACCUCGACGCCUAAACUCUCUACCACUGCACCUUCCAACCGCGCCGCUCCUGCCGACGCCAACAAGAUCCGCCCGAAGAAGGUCGCGCCUUCCGCCGAAGCCCCCUCUCCCCGCGUCAAACCUAAGAUGGCCUCCCGCGAUCUCCAGCAGAACCGCCCGUUCAGGCCGACCAAGCCUGUCAACACCAAGCCCAAGAAUCCAUCGCCGCUGUCCGCUUCCCCACCUGUCAAUGCUAGUGACUUCGAGGACAGCCACCCUGUCCACAAGGCCCUGUCUGGUGCCCCCUCUCCCGCUAAGAACUUGUCAAGCAACUCCGAUCGCUCGUUGAAGCGCAAGGCCAACGACCUGGACAGCGACAUCCACAACCAUAAUCUUGCCGUCAAGAAGCCUCAGGUCGAACGCUCCGCGCCAAACGGCACGCCCGCCAACGCCCACGGUCGACCAAAUGGCAAUGCCCCUUCGUCCAUCACCUCGCUCAAACGCCGGUCCGACGGCUCCUCCUCAUCCACUCCCUCUACAAAAGUUCGCAAAGUCAAUAGCAUCGAUACCGCGCGUGCAGCUCGCUAUCCACAAAGCUCGCAAAUCUCGCCAGGCGACUCAUCGUCGUCGCAGACCUCUCCUACGGUACCUAGUCUCAGCUUCCGCCAGACCGUUGAGCUUAGCCAGAAGUUUCAAAGGUACUACAAAAAGUACGAAGCUCUGUACUGGCAGCUGACCGAGUCGGCGACCCCGCCCUCUCAGGCUCAACGCGACGAUCUGCUCAAGAUGCACAAGAAGCUCGAAGAGAUGAAGCGAGAGAUCAAGGCCGGUGCUGGCGCGCACCGCUAA